UUGGCAUCAUUACCCGCAGACACGCCGCGCUCAAAACAAGCCAGCAGCUCUACGCGCUCAGCUCUCUUCCUUGUCGGCUGGCCUGAGUGGGAGGAGGACGUGUGGAUUGAGUCACUCGUGGAAGCUCUGUUUAAAAAAAAAAAAAAAAACCGCACACGUUUACGUGCGGAGCGUGCUGCUAGUCUACCGUUCUCUUCCUCCAGCGGAUUUGAGGAAACCCCCCUUGUGAGAGGAGACGAAGACCAGGACGACGCAUCCUUCAAUUCCACGCGUUUCUGCAUCCUUUUUUUUUUACUAAAGAAACUAACAUCCUUGAGCCCAGAUUUUUUACAAAUUAUUUUAUUACUUGUAGUAGUCACAGUUAGUAGCACCGCCACAGGCGGACGUACGUGAUGAAGUCCCCCCAAGCCGCGGCAUUGGGCGACGUCAAUUUCAAUUGAGGAUUUUUACUGUUUAUUUAUUUACCUCCGUAGUCUUGAACUUGCAGACUACAAGUGAAACUGAAACAGAAGACAACAGCGACGUUUUGCAACGUGCCUAUUUGGCAUGCAAACUCCAUUUGACAUUUGAACCCGCAAAGCCUUUUAUAAGGGUCGUCGGUGAGCCGCAGCCAAACCCUGCUUGACUUUGGCUGAGAGAUCCAGACCACCCUGGACGGGUCCAAAGUCAAUUAACAUCCAUGAGCUCGGAUUUUUCACACUACACUUUCAGGAUGCCAAAUAUCGGGUUCCAGAACCUGCCCCUUAAUAUCUACAUUGUUGUGUUUGGGACAGCCAUCUUUGUCUUCAUCCUCAGCCUCCUCUUCUGCUGCUACCUCAUAAGGUUACGGCACCAGGCGCACAAAGAGCUCUAUGCAUACAAACAAGUUAUUCAGAAGGAAAAGGUGAAAGAGUUAAAUUUGCAUGAGAUAUGCGCGGUGUGCUUGGAGGAGUUCAAGCAAAAAGACGAGCUGGGGAUAUGUCCGUGCAAACAUGCGUUUCAUCGGAAGUGCCUCAUCAAGUGGCUGGAGGUGAGGAAAGUGUGCCCGCUGUGCAACAUGCCCGUCUUACAGCUUGCCCAGCAGGCCGGCACUACGGAACCGCCAGUGCCGAGCCAACAGCCUCUGCCCGGUGUUGAAAACCUGGUCUAGUAGACCUGAAACCGACAUAAUGGUGACACUAUUUGUACACACACAAAUAUAACAGUGGGCUGUAUAGGUCCAAUUUGUCGUGACUCUGUGGACCCGUCUGGUGAAAAAAGACGCUUGGACUAACUUCACGUUGACUCCUAAAAAAAUAUUUUUCACUUAUCGCUUGGAUUGCUCAGCAACUGGAUUAACCUUUUCUCUUUCUUCAUGGACACGGAAAGAACAUUGAUGCGGUUCAUAACCAAAGCACUUUUUUUUUUUUUUUUCCUGUGGACACCAGCUGAAGAGCAGGACGACAACAAACACAGCAGCCGAGAUCUACAAUAUAUAAUCUCUUUUUUGUAUUUUAUUUGAUCAUUAUUUAAUUUAAACAGCACUUUACAAGAAGUCAAAACUUAAUUGCUUGCCAUUGUGGCAGCAUAUGUUUUAUAGCUAACUUUUGACCAUUACUUCCAUGUUUAGCGUAAAGCCUCCCAGGUUUUCGUUUUUUUUAAUUGGUCAACUUUGACUCGCAUCAUUAUUCUCAAAGGGACAAAAUAAGACUUUUGCUAAAUGUUCGGAAAUGUUUGCACGUUUUCAUUGCUCUUUGGAUGGUUUUGUAUUCUGUCCGGUCUAGAAGUGUGUUCCACUAAAUAACCAAAAUUACCAUAUUUCCCCCCCCCCCCCUCUUAUAGUGGCUGUGCGGCGAAGGUGAGAGGACUAAUUUACUAAACUCCAGAGAGUACGAUUAGCGGUAAGACUUACAAGCAUGUGGCUUUUAUUUUGUCAUUCAUCGA